AUGUGGAGGGCUGAACCGUCCGGUUUCAAUCAGCUCCGGGUUGACUAUACUUUGUACAACUCUCUGCAAGACAUGAACGAGAUGAUAGUGCGGAGCUUGUCGUGGAAAUGCCGAUGGGCUGAGCAGUUACACAGAGCUUGGUGCCGCCCAGUUACAGCAUCAAGGUUGACUACGUCGCCGAGACAGUCCUGCAAAUGGGGAACAAGAUGCAUUUCGAGCUUCAACAGAGUAAUUUGCUCAGACCAACCAAAUACAUGGCCGCAUCAUUUCCGUCAAAUUGCCUCAUUGCUGGUACACCGAGCCCAAUUGGCAAGAGCCGGAUGUGACGAUAUGCAACUCAACUGCUGGAUAUUCCAGAUCACAUCCCCUUUAUGCCUAAUGCAUUCGGUUCAGGUUCCAGAUGUCAGUGAGUCGCGGCUGACAUGCAGGUGA